AUGGAAGCACCCGCCAUGGAGGCACCCACCGACGUCGUGGCCUCUGUCGAGACGCCGCCCGCCGUUCAGCAUGACGACGCCCUGCCGAAAGCCGCCUUGACGCCGCCUACAAGCGAAGACAACGACCCCAAGAGGGAGGCGAGGAUGUCGUCGGAGCUCUCCGACAUCGAUAGCGACGAUGGCGAGGAUAUCGAGCCCGACCACUACUGGGAGGGCGGCAAGAUCCCCGUCUUCAAGCCGACUAUGGAUCAGUUCCGCAACUUCAAGCGCUUCAUCGACAAGGUGGACAAGUAUGGCAUGAAGUCUGGUAUCGUCAAGGUCAUUCCGCCCACAGAGUGGCGCGGCUCUCUGCCCGACCUACACGAGGCUGUCAAGUCCAUACGAGUCAAGAACCCCAUCACGCAAGAGUUCACCGGCCAGCACGGUGUAUACACAGGAGCGAACGUCGAGAAGCAACGCUCGUACAACCUGGCGGAGUGGCGCGCAGUGACGAACGAACCGCAUCACCAACCGCCGGCGAAGCGAGGCGAGACUCGCACUGGCCGGAAGGCUGCUGCAGAGGUACCCACGCGCACACGAUCCACCCGAACCGCCCCAAAGACUGAUGAUGGUACCCCUGCCUCAAGGCGCAAACCUGGCCGACCUGCACGUCGACGACGCGGCGUCAAAAAGGAACAGGACGACGACGACGAUGACGACGACGAAAACGAGGCAGAUACGCUCGAUGUUCCUCCUACACCUACCUCACCAGGCGCAGAAGCCCAAAAGCCAGCAAGGCGUGGUGGUAGAGUCAAGAGGGAAGACGCGCCUUCAAGGCCUCGUGGUCGGCAACCCAAGGUUCAGGACGAGAAGAAGUCCGUUUCUUCUCGACGGCUGAACAACAGAGGGGCAGUCAACGACUACAUCGACGAAGCCGCCUUCGAAGAUUUCGACUAUCUUCUAGAGGGUCUUGACGAAUACACGCCAGAGCGAUGCAAGGAGCUUGAAGAGUACUACUGGAAGACGAUCUGGUCCGGGCAGCCCAUGUACGGUGCGGAUAUGCCAGGAUCUCUGUUUGACGAUCGAACAACGUCCUGGAACGUAGCGAAGCUCCCCAACCUGCUGGAUGUGCUCGGAACCAAAGUCCCUGGAGUCAAUACUGCCUACCUCUAUCUUGGCAUGUGGAAGGCGUCUUUCGCAUGGCAUCUCGAGGAUGUCGACCUGUACAGCAUCAACUACAUCCAUUUUGGUGCACCCAAGCAAUGGUACAGUAUCUCGCAGGAGGACGCACGUCGCUUUGAAGCGGCCAUGAAGAGCAUUUGGCCAAACGACGCCAAGAACUGCUCCCAAUUUCUGCGACACAAGACCUACCUGAUCUCUCCUCAGCGUCUCGAAAGGGACUUCAACAUCAAGGUCAACCGACUCGUCCACUACGAGGGCGAGUUCGUCAUCACCUACCCUUACGGCUACCACUCCGGUUAUAAUAUCGGCUACAACUGCGCAGAGUCUGUCAACUUUGCCACUGAGAGCUGGUUGAGUUACGGAAGGAUCGCCAAGAAGUGCGACUGCGAACCGGACAGCGUCUGGGUAGAUGUCAACGAGAUCGAGCGUAAGAUGCGAGGCGAGCCUACACCCGAGUACUACGAAGAAACCGACGAUGAAGACGAUGAAGAUGACGGCGCCGAUCGCCUCCCGAGUCCUCCGGCCAGCGUUGCUGGAAAGAUGAAGAGGAAGCCUGGUAGGAAGCCCGCCACAAAGAGGAAGCGUGGAAAAGACGAGCCUCAAGAGGCAGCGAGACCGAAGAAGCUCAGGAAGAUCCGUAUUCGCCUGAAGAUUCCGGGUCGUGGGAUGCCAUGCAUCCUGUGUCCCAACGACGUCGAUUACGACGAUCUUCUGCCCACCGACAACGGCAUGAAAGCCCACCGCAUCUGCGCUGACUACACGCCUGAGACUUACAUCUCAAACGAGACUGUGUGCAACGUCUCCAACAUCGGCAAGGAUCGUUUGGAGCUCAAGUGCAACUACUGUCGCUCGAAGCGUGGUGCUGUCUUCCAGUGUUCACAGAAGAAGUGUACGAGGGCUUUCCAUGCUACAUGUGCGGUGGCAGCUGGUGUACAAGUCGACUUGGGCACCAUGCAGACCUUCGACGCAGAAGGCACAGAGUACUUCUAUGAUGGAUACGACUUCCGCUGCCGCUUCCACCGGCCGAAGAAGAGGAACAACAAGACCGUUGACGUGGAUGCACUAGAGAAGAACAAGUUCAUUCUCAACUACGGCAAGACGCUGAAGCCUAAAGAUGUUAUCCAGUUUCAGUACGUAGGUGGUGAGAUGUACCAGAUCUACGGCGCACAGGUUGUUGAGAACAGGCCUGGCGAGCAAUCUGUUCUUGUCGACGUACUCCCUGAUGGCGAUCGUGUGGAGGUGGAGUGGAAGUACAUUCUGAAGCUGCACCCAGACGAGUCGCAGCGACCGAAGCCAUCUGCAAACGCCCAACCCCUACCUGAGCAUCUCAAGGAGAAUGAUGCGUCCCUGGAUAUUGCGAACCGUACAGAUGGUGUUCCUGAAAUUGGUGACCCAUUCCAUGAUCCCAACUCCGAACAAAAGUGGGCUGAGUGGAACACGGCACCUGAAGUCACUCGAAGGGUCGCCAAGGUUGAUUUUAGCAAAGAGAACAGGCUCUGGUAUUAUCUCGGAAAGCCUUCGACCGAAGCUAAACCACAGUACACCGAGGAUCUUGCGAGGCCAAGGAACAACCCCAAGAGCAACUUCCUGGACACUGUCAAGCCUCCACCUCCGCCAAUCCCGACCUUCCAGCGACAAUCAUACCCGGCAUCAUACCCCAUCAAGCCGGCUCCUCCUGGUAUGGCACCACGCACGCCAACGAUGCAGCAACAUAUUGCCCCUGCAGGCGGCCGGCCUUAUACCUACAAGCCUAAGGAGGGCAUGAUGACUGCGUGGAAGUCGCCAGUGUACAACCCGGAUACUCGGCAGAAUCCCAACUCCCCUGUGGCACAUCAACCGAACGUUAGCUACGACCACAGGGCUGGACCACAGUAUGGGUAUCCUCCCCCUCGUCCUCUGCCACAGCAGUUUCAGUACCAGCCAUAUGCGCCUCCGCCACACAACUACUCUGCUCAAGGCUAUGCAUCACAGGCUGCGUCCUCAGGGUUGCUGCUUGACGGGAUCGACAAAUAUGCUCACACGAACCAGUCUCAUCAGGCAUUGCCUCCGCAUCCGUACCAGUCUCAGACUAGUGCGCAAAGUCCGCGCCAGCUGCCUCCCUUCCCAGGCUCAAGCACUGCGCAUGGUUCUCCUGCACAGCAAGGUCAAGUAUCACCCUCUCACGGGCAUAACAUGCUGAGCACCCCAUCUGGGACUCCCAAACCUCCAAUUCCUGGUGGUGAAAUCGCACCGGAAUGGAGGCCUCAGCCACCGCAAGCAGCCAACGGCGCAGCAGCCACACCGCCAAUGCACAGUGCAUCAACAGGAUCUCACGGCUACUACCCUAGCCCGUCACCAGCCUCGAUAGCCCCAAGGCCUGCGGCGCAGUUCCAGUCGCCUGACGCAUUCCAGCGAGGCCUCACCCAAGCCUCGUCUUCAGCUACCGGCGCUCCAAAGUGGGAGCAGAUGCUCAAGCAGCUAGCGACAUCGACUGGCCCGGAAACUACACCGACUGCGACAUCCCCAACACAACCGCCACAAUAUCCACCCCUGCCACGCUCGAGCAUGAGUUAUGGAAUGCCACACGCACCGAGCCCCUUCCAGAAACACACUCCGCCGCUUCCGCCACCAGCAGAACCACAACGGCCAAUACCCAGCCCGAUCAGCGAUGACGGCAACGCGGGACUCGUGGCUGCGAAGCCGGUAAUGCUGCCGCCGCAGCCACAGCACGCGCCAGGCAAGGUCCAUGGUGCAGAGACAUGGCGGUUUUCUUAG